UCAAUAUUUUCUUUUCCCACUUAUUUUUUUUUUAAUCUCAAUUCGGACAGUCUUUGCAAAGUUAGGCACCAAUUAGCUAAAACAACAAAAACAAAGAUUAAGAGAAAAAUGGGCUUUGAAUAGAAGCUUUAGAAAAACCUGUGGAGUUUAACUAUGGAGGCAAGUACUGGGGUUACAGUGGUAGGAUCAGAUGCUCCGUCGGACUACCAUGUAGCUCCAAGGACGGAAAAUCCGGCUCAGACUGCUGGAUCAGCUCCGCCGCCGAGUGCGGCGGCGCAAGUGAGUGCGCCGCCUUCAACGGUAGCGACUGUGGUUGCUCCAGCUAUGCCGGCAAAAAAGAAGAGAGGUCGGCCUAGGAAGUACGGGCUUGACGGUAGCGUCACGAUGGCACUGUCUCCGAAGCCGAUAUCGUCCUCCGCGCCGCCACCGGUGAUCGACUUCUCGACCGAGAAGCGUGGAAAAGUGAAGCCAGCCAGCUCGGUGAGCAAGACCAAGUUUGAGGUGGAGAAUAUAGGUGAAUGGGUUGCAUGCUCUGUUGGUGCCAAUUUUACGCCCCAUAUCAUCACUGUUAAUUCCGGCGAGGAUGUUACAAUGAAGGUCAUAUCAUUUUCUCAGCAAGGGCCUCGAGCUAUAUGCAUUCUCUCUGCAAAUGGCGUGAUAUCAAGCGUUACACUUCGCCAGCCUGAUUCUUCUGGGGGUACAUUGACAUAUGAGGGUCGUUUUGAGAUAUUGUCGUUAUCUGGAUCAUUCAUGCCAAAUGAAAGUGGGGGAACGAGGAGCAGAUCUGGUGGGAUGAGUGUUUCAUUGGCAAGUCCAGAUGGGCGUGUGGUAGGUGGCGGUGUUGCUGGUCUAUUAGUAGCUGCAAGUCCCGUGCAGGUCGUAGUUGGGAGUUUUCUGACAGGGAAUCAACAUGAACAAAAGCCCAAAAAACUGAAACAUGAGUACGUAUCAAUUGCCACGCCUACUGCAGCUGUUCCUAUAUCUAGUGCAGAGCCUUGGUCUUCGUUGCCACCAGAUUCCAGGAAUAAGCCUACUGACAUUAACGUAACUCUACCUGGAGGGUAAUAUAAAGGGCGUCACAUUGUUGUGCAGUACGGGAUUGUUACUGACCACAUUGGCAAUGGAACUCGAUUAGUUGAAGCUCACUUUCGCUGCGUUUGUUUGGUCUGUAAACUACUAUCAGCUAUAUAUAUAUAUAUAUAGCAGUAACAGCCUGUUGUUGUAGUGCAGGGGUUUCCCCUUCCCUCCUUAGGUAGAAUUAUCUUAGUUUUAGCUGAGUGUAGACCACCUAUGUUGCCGCUGUUGUCGAGUAGAAUAGUUUGAUGUAACAUCAUCUACACUUGAACCUUCCUUCUUGAAUUGAUGUGAUUGUGAUUUGAAAGU